AUGGCGACAAAGCCCUAUGUGAGGCUAGUCAAAACUUCGGAGCUGGAUCGCCUUGCGGUGGUUCAGCGACGAGCUUUCCUACGAGAUCCAGAGUUCAACUAUUUUGGUAGCGUCAAGACACCUCUUUCACAGGAGGUAGAUGGCGCUGAAAAGCGUCAUCUCGAGGUCUUCUUCAAGUUCCUCAACAAAGCCUGCCUAAAAUGUGGAGCGCGUAUCACAGUGGCCGUAGCACCUACUGAAGCAGGCGAGGUAAUCUGCGCCUCGACGACAUGGCUACCUCCUCGCAACCGGAUCUCGCUAGGGAGGACAUGGGUCCUACUGCGAAGUGGACUGUUCCAGACCCUCAAAGCCUGGGGUCUAAACGGUUUACUGCGUGUUGGGAUUGAAUACGGCGACGUAUCCGAGAAAGCACUGAAGGAGGCCUUCGCUGCUAAAGGCAUUAAGGAAUCUCCGAAUACGUCGUGGUACCUCCAACUGGCUUGUACCGACCCAGAUAUGCAAGGGCAAGGGUAUAUGUCCUUGCUAUGUCGAGAGGCCUUCGAAUUUGCUCCUUCGAGCACAUUUACACUUGAAGCUACCACCGUGCACUCUCGAGAACGUUAUGCCCACUUCGGCUUCGAGCUGUUCAAGGAACUUAGAUUGGGUAAGGGUAAGGUGAACAAGGACGGCCUGCCCGCCAAAGGACCCGACGCGGAAGGAGUACUAGUAUAUAGCAUGGUGAAGGUGAGCACGUUCUAG